GGCGGAGGCAGCCAAUAGGAGGCGGUGUUGUUGGCAGGACGGUGUUGCCAGGACGGGCUGAGGGCGAUGGCGGCGCUGGGCCGCCUCUGGCCGCCCGCUCUUGGCGGCAGAUUUCGUCUCCUGCAGCAAGCUGCAGCCCGCUCUUCCCAGCUGCGAACAGCCUCCGUCCUCUCGAGCUCCCUGGCGCUGCCCCUCGGAAGCCGUCUCUCCCUCAGAAGCCAUCCCUCCUUGGGAAACCACCAUUCCUUGGGAAGCCAUCCCUCCUUCGAGCCCGCUGGCAUCCAUCCCAGCCCGGCGUCUCCCUGGAACCACCAGCAGAUCCGCACAAAAGCGCGAGGGAACGAAUACCAACCCAACAACCGCAAACGCAAGCGGACCCAUGGCUGGAUCAAGCGCAUCAGCACGCCGGGCGGCAUCGAGGUCAUCCUCCGGCGUAUGCUGAAGGGCAGGAAGUCUCUGACCCACUGAGGGCUCUGCCCGACGGCUCGACGUGGCGUGGGGCGAGCUCGAAUCGAGCCCUAGAGCCGCCGUGGCUUUGGAAUCACCCAGUUUGUGCCGAGGGACACUGGCUCACAUGCUCCCGACACGAGAGGGACAGUCGGUCGCAGCCGCUUGGAGCAGCAGCGACCGACUGUCCCUCUCGUGUCAGGAGCGUGUAAGCAAUUGCGCUGGUGGCCUUCGAGGGCUGUGUUUAAUGGCUACUUCUCAAAUUGUGAAAUUAUUGCUGCUUUGUGUGGUCCUGGGGGUAAACUUGAGCUGUAAUUAAAGCCCGGCGACUCGCCUUGAA